GCCAAGGACCAGUUCGACGUGGACAUCGUCGCCGGCAUCGACAAGGCAUGGGCCACCUGGGCCACUGCCGCCGGCGCGCCCGACUCCCGAAUACUGCGCCAGAGGGCCGGCGGCGGCUGGACUGCCGGGCCGCGCGCCCAGGAGGUCCACAAUUUGUGGAAGAAGGCUCGUCGCGAACUCCAUCGCAGCGAUCGCGACGCUGCCGAGCGCGCCAUCGGCAUGAUCACCAGCAUCAUCGAUGACGCCACGAGCCAGCGCCUCCACUCAUGGAGGCAGCGGGCGGAGCGCGUCAUCGCAUUCCUCCCCGAUGGCGCGAGCGGGAUCGACGGGCAUGCCGUUAAGUGGAUUGGACAUCUUCAUCGAGACUCUCUGGGGCGGCUUGCGCAGCUGCUCGCCGCUGCCGACCAGGGCCGCUUGCCGCGCUUCUG